AAGUGGGCCGUCCCUCUUGCUUUUUUUCUAACUCUCUCUCUCUCUCGGUCUCGCACACAUUCAUAAUCCAGCCGCCGACCUCCACACUCACUCCCACAGGGCCAGAGACCAGGAGAGGGAGGACAGAAGAGGCAUCCACAGAGCACAAAGACACAGACACCCGGACACACAGGAGGGGAAAGCCCAAGCCGUCACGCGCCCGGACUCCGACUGCUCUUUUCUCUUCUUAAAUGGAAAGGGGACACGCGGAGGGAGAGGAGCGGAGCGAAUGAGAGAAGCGGAACCGGAGACGGACAGGAUAAGAGAGGAAGAAGAGGGUCUGGAAGAACGGAGGACUCCUGGCCUAAACAUCCACAAACUGCCCAGAACAAGACUGGAAUCCUGCAGUAUCAGUGACCCUGCCGCUCUCUGAUUGGCCCACGCGCGCUUCUGUUCGCCUGUCUGUCGGCUUCCCUCUACCCCGGAGUGUCUGCUGAUCGUGUCCGUCACUCUGGCUCUGUCUGUGCCUCUGUCUGUGAGCAUGCGGGGGGUGUGUGUGCCGCUGCUAUGUGUGUGUGUGUCUCUGCUGCUCCGCUGCACUACUUCACAAGCCCCCGAAGAACGUGACAGUCAUAUGGAAUGCACAGAUGGAUAUCAAUGGGAUUUACAGACAGAGCACUGCAAAGACGUAAACGAGUGUGAAACUAUUCCGGAGGCCUGCAAGGGAGAGAUGAAGUGUUUCAACCACUACGGUGGCUACCUUUGCCUCCCACGCUCCGCCUCUAUCAUCCCUGACCCUCCCGGCCAACCAGGGAGCAGCUUUCCCGAUGACGUCACAGAGCCCUACCCCUGCCCUCUGGGGUAUGAGUCACAGGGGGGCAGAUGCGUGGACGUUGAUGAGUGCGAGCACGACCAGCACAACUGCCAGCCCAGUCAGCAGUGCUUCAACACCCAGGGGGGCUUCUCCUGCCAGUGCCCCGAAGGGUACCGUAAGGUUGGCACAGAGUGCAUCGACGUUGACGAGUGCAGGUACAGGUACUGUCAGCACCGCUGCGUCAAUGUCCCUGGGUCUUUCUCCUGCCAGUGUGAGCCUGGCUUCCAGCUGGCGGGGAACAAUCGCUCCUGCAUCGAUGUGAAUGAAUGUGAGAUGGGCGCCCCCUGUCAGCAGAGGUGCACAAACACCUAUGGCACCUUCCUGUGUCGCUGUGAGCAGGGCUAUGAGCUGGGAGCCGAUGGCUUCACCUGCAAAGAUAUCGACGAGUGCGGCUUCUCCAGCUUCCUGUGCCAGUUCCAGUGCGUGAACAAGCCGGGGAAGUUCUCCUGCGUGUGCCCGGAGGGAUACCAGCUGCAGAGGGCACGCCUGUGCCAAGAUGUGAACGAGUGUGAGACAGGCACGCACACGUGCACGGAGGGACAAACCUGCGUGAACACCAAUGGCGGACAUCGCUGCGUCGACAAUAACCGCUGCCAAGCUCCCUACACACAGGUGUCCAACAACCGGUGUGUCUGUCCGGUCACCAAAGCAGCCUGCCGGGACCUGCCCUUAUCCAUCGUCCACCGCUACAUGAGCAUGACGUCCAAUCGCACGGUGCUCUCCGACGUCUUCCAGAUCCAGACCACCAGCAUCUCCCCCGGGGCCCACAACGCCUUCCGCAUCCGCUCCGGCGACGACCGCGGCGACUUCUACAUCCGCCAAAUCAACAACAUCAGUGCCAUGCUGGUCCUGGCGCAGUCUGUGACCGGGCCCAAGGAGUACAUCUUAGACCUGGAAAUGGUGUCCAUAAACCCCAUCCUGAACUACCAGAGCAGCUCUGUCCUACGCCUCUCCAUCUAUGUGGGACAGUACACAUUCUAGAACAAACAAGAAAGCGAUCACAAGAAACAGAGGAGAGAAAUGGAUAGAGAGAGUGAGAGUGAGAGAGAGAGAGAGAGAGAGAGAAUGAGAGAAUGAGAGAAAGAGAGAGAGAGAGAGAGGAGGGAGAGAGGGACAGAGAGCCAAAUCAAAGUGUGGCUCUUAAAAAUAAUGUGUCAUAGACUGGAAGAGAGAAAAUGUGGGAGAUAGGAAGAGUGAGUAAUAAUCACACAUUCACAGGCCUCUAUUAGGAUAUUCUGUGUGUCCACUGGGGGAAAAAACUUCACUGACAGGGUCGUCGAACAAUGGCUAGUUUCAAGUGAACGUCAGAAAGUAAUGAACAGAAACUGUACAAAUUUCACAUAAAAUAUGAAUAGUAUGGUUUUGAUGAGAAACGGUAUGAAACAAAGAGCAAGUGGCAGUCCUCUUUGCAAGCGACUUUUACUGGUCUCUGAUUGGUUUAGAUGUCCAUGAUGUGCCUGAGGUAAUAUUGGCACAUGCGCUGUGUCACCAUGAACUGUAUUUUAAUAGACUGUCCCAGGACUGACCCCAUCCACUUGCCCAUUUAAGUACAUUAUUGUCCCUUUUUUUCAUUCAAACCUGCCUAUUGCUCAUCCCUCAUCUCCCUCCGACCUCUUUGUCUGAAGUAUAGGUUGCUCUUCAGACUUGCUCUCUGUGCCACUCUGUCACACUGAUCUCAGAUCAGUGCUUAGCUGGUGAGCGCUCGGUGCUGCAUGUUGCCGAGGGCAUUCAGAACCCAGGGUGCAGUGUGGAGGGCAACCCUCUCCUCUGCUGAACUUCCAUCAGAUCAUUCUCUCCUUAAACUCUGUUACAAACGCACCCUUUGAUAUGCUGUUACAAAGAAACUCUCCAACGAUCCAUUAUACCCCCCAGCCCCCCCCCCCCCCCCGUCACUCCCACCACUGUGACCCCCCCAAGGUAGGACUGACAAUGGGCAGCAAUGACCACUGUGCUGAAAAGCCUUUGGACUCAAAACUAUCUGCUUUAUUUUCUCCAAAGGGAGAGGAGCACCGACAAAAUGGGGACAAAUAAGCAUGCUGUUGAGCAUAUCAUGUUCUCACUGGGGGGAAAGCACUGCAGUGACACACAGCAUGCCACAGCCUGUAUUCCCAAACAUAAAAAUCAUUCCCUUGUAUGUUUAGUAUUCACACUCAUACACAGAACCAUGCUGACACUGACCCUCCCCCCUCCCGCCCCCCCCUCGCCGCACUCCUGUCUUCCCAUCCUAAACCCUCCUCAUUCAAACUCCGCUAUUUUUAGUUCUGAUGAAAAUGGUGUACUUUUUGUUCAGAAAAUACUACUAAGAUAAAAUUAAAUAUUUAAAAA